GCGGGCAAUACUGAACACUAACCUUUUGAGUUUUGUCGGUUGACUUUCCGCAGAAUGAACGAAAUCUGUGAAGUGUUUCCCAGUAACAGAACAUUGGCCGAGGGUCCACUGGUAACAAGGAAGGAGGGCUGGAAAACUGUAAUCAAACCAUAAGGCAAGCAUCAUCCACGUUCAUCUCAUAGCAACCCUGUACAUUUUAUAAAUGUUUUACAAAGUAGCAAAAAUAGUGAAGUACCAGAGUCGUCCAGAUUUGUGUCCAAGCUCAGCUAGUAUGACGGUGACAUUCUAAGAACUUACCGACGAUGUUUUGGGUAUUCACCAAGGACGUUAUCAGCAGGAAACUAAUAAACUGUAGGACGUGAAAAGAGAAUUCGAGGAAGAUGACAGCCAUGCUAGGAAGAAACAGAUUUAUGUUGUCGACAUAUUUGUAAACCGUCGGAUGCCUUGGCAACCUUCUUCUUCCCGGGAAACGUGAGGACGAAUUGACAAGAGGGCGCCCUCAUGUGGCCCGGAGGAGACUUUUUUGUAGCUCUAAAAUGUAGCUUACUACGCAACAUGAGCCAGUAAAAUGGGCGUUAAACAAAUACUCGCAGGAUACUCGCAGACGUUAGGCUAUGAAUUGUCAGAAAGUAAUAGGAUGUUUCGAUUAAAACGUGCAUUGUAGUUGAUGAAUUGAAGAGACCGGUAUCAGCCACUAGAUGGCACUAUGGGGCUAAGAGACAAAAAGAUUACCUCAAUCAACGUCAGCGAACAAGUAGGGGUCACGUGACCCGCCGAGCAUCGUGGAGUUUGAGCCAGAAGAGCUGCUGGAACUAUGUGGACGCCUGAAGAACUGACCUUGAUUCUGCAAGGGUGUCUGCUCUCUCAUUGUCAGCUACCAGAAAACACCAAACUACUAUUAGGAAACGUGUUGGCCAAACUUUUGGAAUCUUCCAGGAGCAGCGUUAAAAGAAGCAAGGAGAAAUUUCUAGAUGAGGCCGUCCAGAUGUUGAGGAAGGUGCCACAGGCUGAACUUGCUUCUCUGGAGGCUGGCCACCUCCAGCAGAUGGUCCGCCUGCUCCUCUCCCUGCAGCUGCAGAUGGCCAACAUCUCCACUGCUUGUCGAAAAGUAGACCAGCUUCUGCAACAUCUGGCCACAGUUGACCAGCAAUUGGUUUAUCGAGAAACAGAGGCCUGCAUGCAUUCCACCAGUCUACAUGGCAGAAUACUGUGUCUUGACGACCUGCAAAGAGCUUGUAUGUUCCUGCAAGACAGCAGUGUUGGACGAGAAGUGUGGCGAGAGUCUCACCUCGCCUUCAUGACCAAAGUGUCAGAGUUACUUCCACACAUACUUCAGCAGGAAUCCCACAGAGACGGUCUGCUGUGUUACACUGCUGUCAAGGUAUGUCUCCAGAUCUUUCAGAUGUUGCCCUGUGAAGUACGUCCGGGGGUUUGGUACAUGGAGACCAAGAGCCCAACAGUGCAGAAGACCCUGCAGUUUCUCAUGAACAUCAUCCUUGGACAGUGUCAGAACAGAGACACGCGGCUGCUGGCAGGAACUGCUGUCGCCAUGCUGAUCAACACCUCACCAGAUACGGCUUCUGGAGGAGCUGCUGCCCAUAGUCUCCUUCAAGUGUUCAGUUCAGAGUCGUUGCUGCUGCGAGUGGGUGUGCUUCAGGUGAAUUGUGUCUGCACAAACUACAAGGACCAAGUGGGCAUGCUGGCUAUCAUGAGAGGUCUUCUUACCUGCAGUAGGUCAGACAUCCUGCUUACGCCACAAGACGAUGAUUCCAAUAGUCUUUUGUUGCUGGAUGGUAUGUUCGCUCCAGUUUUUACGUUGUGUGAGGCAAGACUGGACUCUCACUUUGCAUUUGAAGUUUUAACCCUGUGGAUGAAGAAAGUGAAGGAAUGUUGUGCCGACAUCUGGAAGAGGACGGAUGUUCGACUUUUACCUGACGACGGAAAAUUGCUGCAUCAGCUUGUUCAUAUUUGCUGGAGCAACACUGAAAGCCCGGUGGAGUGUGUGUCAGAGCAUGCGCGCAGUUCCUUCAGUCUGCUGCUGGAGCUUUAUCAAAUGGACUGUGAGCAGUUUGGUGACACAAAGGUGCCCCUUUAUACUGAUCUGCUCCACCAAGUCAUCAAGCUCCCAUGGGAGACCAAAGCCAGAUACCUUCACCUCAGUGCUCUUCUUCCUUAUCUGCACACAGACACGGUGCUCAGUCUUUGUCCUCAGUGCCCCAGUCAUAUCCUGAAGUGCCUGUCCACCAAUCACCUCUCUCCCUGUGCCUCUGAGCUUUACAAGAGUUUGAUCCAGCAGCAGAGGUGUCGUGGAGCUUCAUUGACGGAGCAGCAGCUUGUCAAUCAGUGGUCCAGACGGUGGCAGCAAGUCCUUCUGGCUGGGCUGACCUCUGACCUCACUCUUGUUCAAAGCAACAUCUCCACUCACCUGCUGCCCAGCACCUUCCAUACCUUUCCUACUGCUGUGGAGCCUCUUCUGCUCGCUCUGGACCUGGGCGACCCGGGCCACCUCCGUGCCUGGGCUGCCAUCAUGAGCUCUUAUCGGGCCACGACUGGAGCCUCUCCCUGGACUCUGCCGGGACACUCCACUCAGCAAACUCUUCAUCGUGCACUUGGUUCUGCUGACGACAAAGUUCGCCUUGCUGCGCUGAACCUACUGUGCUGCUGUCCGAAGACCAGGGAGAGUCCCACAAUUCAAGAGAUGUCAAUCAUGAGGAGCUUCAUCCCAGAGAACCUGAACUGUGAGUCGUCUCCAUUUCGGCAGCAUUUUCAAAUGGGGGUGAGGAAAUUUCUGGUUCGCGUCCGAGACAGCUGCUUGGCUCUUGCCAGAACACAAAAGAGUCAGACAGAAGAUGCUGGCAUCUAUGGAAGUGCUCCAGAAGCUCUGAACCAGGGAAUAGGUUUUGUGGACUGGCUGAGCGAGCUUCCAUAUUGCUACCUGGCACCAGGACACAGCUACCAGAGAAAGAAGACAUCUUUGUUAAUGCUGUCUGCAGUCCUGGAGACCUGCACAGACACUUGGAGCCCCAACAGGAGGAAAGGACAACCACCAGUAAACAUGGGGUCUCUGGUGAAAUACGCUCAGCUGAAUGGUCUGUGGAAUUUCUUCUGCAGGGCUAAACACUUGGUCCUCAUCAGUUGUUUAGAGGAUUCUACAAAUGAGAUCCGAGAACUUUCAGCUGAGCUGCUUUUGAAGUUUUUCCCACCCAGAUUUCCCGACGACGUUGCAGCCGCGCUGCUCUGCCGAACCAAGGAGCUUCUGUGCAGUCCUCGUGUCCAUCAGGCUCAGAUGGGAGCAGUGAUGAUGAAGGUUCUCUUUCACAAAUCUCUACAUCAGCAUGGAGAUGAGCCGCUGACCACUGAAAACACUGAUAACAAUCAGGACUACAGUUUGCUGAGGUUCCUAGUGAAAGAACUUGAAGAGCAUUAUCUCGCAGCCAGGGGAAACAUGAUGCUGGCUGCAAGAACAAAGCCUGUUCAUGGUGUUCUGAGUGCCCUCCAGAGGUGUGUGCUCGACGCAUCCAGCUGUGUGUGUAGCUCCUUCAGUCGGGCUCAGUUGACUCAUCUCCUGGCUCUGCUGGAAAACAUUUCUCUGCUCCUGCUGGGUGUUCUGCAUGGAGAGCAGGUUUCUUCUGCCGAUGAAAUGGGAGACACCCUUCCAUCUUUCUGUGACAUGGGGAACGCCAUCAGCUCUCUCAUCGCCCAGUCUGAUGAAGGCCACCGAGGGGACGAGGAGGAGUGCGUUCUUCUAUCUGAAGAACAUAGUCUUGUUCUUACUUGUUGCUGGGUCUCACUCAAGGAGACCGGAAUCUUUCUGGGUUCUCUGGUGGAGAAGGUUCUGGCUGAAUCUAAGGGACUUCUGACAAAAGAAGAUCUCAUAAAAGCUUCAGACAUUUUUAAAAAUAUCCUCCUCAAAUGUCGACACUGGGGGGCAGUAGAGGGCUGCUGUGUUGGUUUCACACGAUUUUGUGGUUCCUUACUCGGCAGCAGCGAUUCAGACUUGAAAGAGAUCCCUGCUCACGUGCUCAGACAGGGUUUACAAGUUCUGAAAUCUCAGAGUUCCACUUCAGUUACUCGCCGUGCAGCAGGGUUGCCAAUGUUGAUCCUGUGUGUCCUGUCUGCUGAGGACAACAGUAAAGCUCGACCACUGUUGGCUCACAGCGUUCAAACGUUACUUGAGACAGCCAGAACUCCUUUGCCUGAGAACUGGGACCAAACGUUGGACCUGUCACAGGUGUGUGCGGUUCACACCCUGCAGGCGCUGAUCCGUGGCUCAGGCCUCGGUGUUGCUGUUCUGCAGUUUGCAGCUUCAGUUGCCAUCCUGUCUCUGACUCUGCUCAGCUCUCCCUGCUGGGCCAUGAGGAACGCUGCUCUGCAGCUCUACAGUUCUCUUUGCUCCCGCAUGCUUGGCCAGCGACACAGUGGUAAAGAAGGAGAUGCCAAGCAUGGCAUGUCUCCAUCUGCUUUCUUCUUUCACUAUGCUGAGCUCCAGGCUUUCGUCCUCGCUCAGCUGAGAGAGGCUGCUGAGGAUCUUCAGGGUUCCACAGAUGAGGCCAGGCUUCGUCUGCAGCCAGCUCUUUUCCCGAUUCUCACACUGCUGGCUCAGCUGCAACCUGGACUGCAAGACCCCACUGGGUCGCUGGCAGACUUCCUCCAGCCUUUGCUCCAGCUCUCCUCCAGCCCCAUCUACAAUGUGAGAGUAAUGUCCUCCAAAGCUUUGGUUGCCAUGGCACCCCCCUCAGAGUACAUGAAGAUCCUCAUCCAAAUAUCAGCUCAGUUGCCAUCAGAACAGGGGCACAGCCGUCACAACCUCCUGCAUGGACAGUUGCUUCAGAUGAAAGCUCUCACAGACAGAGUUCUGUGCACUGAAAGCACUCCCUCGGAAGUUUGGUGUGAGGUGCUGGAGAAAGUAGAAGCUUCCAUUUGGCUGGCAGGUGAAGCUCAGCGCUGUCCUCUGGUGCGGGUCGCCUACCUGGACAUUGUCAGCUCUCUGAGAGAAUUCUUCUGUGAGAGUUACUUGUCCCAACUUCAUGACCUGCUCACACACAUGAUCUGCGCCCCUAAACGUGAGCUCCAGGUCGGCCUGGCCUGCUUUCAUCAACGAGCCGUUCAGUUUCUGUGUGAAGACCAACAGUGGACCUGUGAUGUCUUCACCAACUUCUCUGCAACCAGUCCAGAGCUGAAGCAAAUGCUGGUCACAUGGCUCACAGACGGACAAGCUCUGAGCCAAAACACCAGAGGAGUUAUCAGUGGAAUUUUGCAGUGUAACCUGAGGGAGGCGCUGAUGAGCGACAGUGCCAUGUACAGAAAGAGCUACCUGGCAGCCCUGGCUGCCAUGACAACUUCCACUGGGCUUCUCUCACCUCAACAUCCUUCUGCUUCACACCCAAGCCAGUCAGACCUUCAUCUUUGUUUGGACUUGUUGUUUGGAGACUUGGAGCAGGACCAAGCUGGACCUGAGCUGCUGUCUCACACUCUGCUUGCUGCCAGCUCGCUGCUUGCCCAACUCUCCAGUCUGAAGGUUUCUGUGGUCCAACGGUGGUGUGGCGUCCUGGAGUCUCACUGUACUCCUGAUGUAGCUGAGGUGCUCAGGAUGGUCUGUGCUGAUGCUCUGUGUGUGGCUGGUGUCAACAUCAUCAAUCAUAUCAUGGAGGAGAGUCACAGCGAGAGGUCCAUCCUCAUCAGGCUGCUGAGCUGCAGCCUGUGCCUGCUGCAGGACCAGAGUCAGGCAGUGAGAACCAGAGCAUCAGGUUUCAUCUCCUUGUUGCUUCACGUUCGUGCACAGAAGCAGGGGAGUGUUCACCACAUGCAGGUGAACCAGGCAGUUCCACUGGUGCUCGACCUGCUUCUGGAGGAAUGCUGGAACACGCCAGGAGCACUGGAGGCGCUGCUGCGUCAUGUGCCGCUGCCUGACCUCGAUGCUCUGCUGAAGGAAGCUUCAGACGCGGCGAGCACCAGUCUGUACCAGCAGGACGACGCCAACGUGUUUGCAGAGCCAGCUGUGAUGUCACUGCAUGCACUGCCUCUCCUGCUACGGUUAGUCCAGAAGCAGUCGCAGUCUCCAAAGCUGACUGCGAGUCUGAGGGCCUGGGCGGAGGAACAUGCUGGCCGUCUACUCCACAGUCUGACUCUGUUUUACAAGCUUCAUGCAGAUGAGACGUUGACCCCAGCCUGGCUGUCGCUGCUCACAGACCCUGGUUUUCACAUGACAGUCACAGGCCUGCUCACCCGAUCUGUCUUCCUGCUUGCACUCUUGCAAACAUGUGAGGAUCCCCUACACACCUGCGACGCCUCAACCCUGCAGAGCAGCAUCCAGGAUGUGCACACAUGUCUUCUCAGGAAGGGUGGGUUUCAUUUCCCUGCCCUGUUAACAGCUGCUGUGAUUGGACGAUUAGACCUUAGUGUGUCCUGAGCCACGAUCUGGCAAGCAGCCACCGUUGCAUAAGAGCCGUCAUUGUGUGACCAGCACACGGGGAGACCAGUCAAGUUGAUGGAGUGUUCAAGUCUACCUCCAGUUCAAUUGUAAUGCACCUUUAUUGGUGGGAAAUGAUGCCCUGCUGGGAGUGUUCACAUCUCUGAAAUGCUCCAUUAGCAUUGAACACGGUUGACCGGACCUGAUAUUUGUGGUGGCACUGCAACAGACAUCACUGCUGUAGACUUGCAUCACCAGGCCAGCUGUUGAUGUUUCCUCAGUGGCUCGUAAACCAACAAUGUUAUUGGUGCUCCACCGAAUGUACGUCUGAGUUAAUCAUCUCAAUCUGAAAUUACAUGAGCAAUGUCUAUCAGAGGUACAUAGUGUAUAGGCCGCCUCCUCCUCUCAUCACAUUUUUUUUAUUGCUCUUGUAAACAAAAGACAAUAAUUAGAUUAAAAAAAAAACUUUUAUUUAAAUCUAUUCACCGACUGUACAAUGUUUACCAAUUAUGCAUACGAUGAACAGUUUUAAACAUCUUCAAAUCUUUCCUCAGGUGUGCUAGGUGCUUCUUAUUAUUAGGUCUUUUAUUUAUUCUUUAAGUCAAUUUUCUUUAUUCACUCUGUAUCCGUAUUAAUGUUUUCCCACUGUAUGCGUUUUGGGAAAACUGAAAGCGUGUUUACUGUAGUUCCGCUCCUCAGUUUUCAAAAUCUUUGGAGGACAAAUGUUAAUAUGAAAUAAAUAAAAUGAUAUAUAAAUACUGUAUACAUAAACUCAUGGUUCAUUCUGAAGUUGGAGACAAACUAUGAGAACGUUUUUCAUUCUGGCUGUGUCUUGUCCUUCGCUUGUACAAUAAUCCUGCUCCUGGCUAAUUCCAAGCCCAAGUCGGUGCAACCCUGUUACUUUCCCUCAGUGCUGCAGAGAAGGAGCAGCUCAUUCAGUCUUGUUCAAGUGAUUGAAAUGUAAGAAUGGUCAAUGAUUAGCUUCUUUAUGCGACUGCCUGUUCUGACAGUUUUUGCAUGGACGUGUUAUGAAGGGUCAUAACGGUGUCAUCGUUUCUCCAAUGUGAUCUCAAAUACUAUAUAUUUAUUAAGAAGAUUUAAGGAGGUUUAGAAUGUUCUUGAACGGGCUCGUCCUGAAGCAAGCCUCCACACACACACACACACUAUACAUAUUUAUAU